CACUACCCCAUAGCCUGGGUCAACACCAUGGUGUUCGACUACAAAGGCCAGCUGAAGACGGGAGACAUCAUCCUGCACUGCUGGUCCUCCUUUCCUGAUGAACUUGAAGAGAUGCUGAACCCCAUAGGAACCAUCCAGACCAACCCGUACACGGAGAACGCCACAGCGCUGCACAUCCACUUCCCCGAGCACUCGUCUCACUCCAUCAUCUUCCCUCCCUUCGACAAGGUCAGACAGCUGUUCUCACUCCUGUUCCCCUUUUCUAUUGCUGAUAGACGACGCCCUUCACACUGCCAGUAA